AUGGAAACCGCAAGCAAGAUGGUUGAGAAAGCGGCGGCCUUCGCCUCAGGGAAAAGUAGUACUGAAGCAAAGGAGAAAGUAGAGGCGCUGAACAAAGACAUAGAAGCAGGUCAGGGAUCCUCGAAUGUGAACAAAGACAUAGAAGCAGGUCAGGGAUCCUCGAAUGUGAACUCGGAAGAAGGGCAGGGAUCUGGUAUUGGAAUACAAAAUGAAUGCAGAAUUUGCCAGGAGGAGGAUUACCUUCACAAACUCGAAGCUCCUUGCCACUGCAACGGCACUCUUAAGCCCUACGAGGCUGGAUAUACGAUGGUGAUACCCCCUCCACAGCCCAGUCCUCAGACCGAAAAUGUCACUAUUCCAAUCAGAGAUGGAACUUAUUUCAUGGUGAAUACUCAGGCUCGGCUGCAAGCUGCACAAAGGACUGUGCAGACAGAGGCAGCGGCAGAGUUCCUCCGCCGCCAGCAUGCUAUGCAGGCUCACGGUGGUAGAGCUUUCGAUGCAAGUGCACUAUGUCGCAUUGCAGCUGUUAUUUGCCUCACAUUUCUUGUAAUGAAAGAUAUCUACUACUUCUAUGAAAGUGGACAGGAUAGCCAUUUGCUUACUAUCUUUUGGUGUUGUGCACCAAACCAAAGUGAAGGCGAUUUAGCAGUGGUGGAGGUCACAGUGCCGGAGGUCCCAGUUGCGGCGGUGCCGCAGUAUAACUGGACUGCUCAUCGAUAUUGA